CGGGGCGGGGCGGUGUCAUGGCGGCAGCGGGGCGGCGGGCGGUGGCGCGGCGGAGCGGAGGAUGAUAUCGCGAUACGCGCGGAAGCCGGUGCCCCGCGGCGCUUUGGAGAUACAAGGCCUUCCAAAACAUGUCUUGCAGCAUCAUCCCCUGCCUGAACCACGAGCUGAGCUGUGCCCAGCCAUACCCACGGUGGAAAAAUACUGUGACAGCUCAAGGGGGUCUGAAACCUGUAAGGAAUCAGAUAACCCUCGUGCUGUUCCAGCUGAUGAUGGGACUUCACGGUGUGACAGUCAGAGUUACGCUGACACCUCCACAGAAGACAGCUCAGUCUUUUCCUGGGGCUGUGAUGAAUUUGAUAAAGCUGCCACACAACAAGUUGAGCAAAUGUUCAGACAAAUUGAUGAGCUUCUGUAUGAGCAGAAAGAAAAUGUGCAUGUUGAGGGACUGCGGGAGGAAUGCCACCAGUGGACAUCCCACUUCCCUCAUCUCAGGGUUGUGGGGACACAGAUGGUGAUCCCCACAGAUGAAGGGUAUGGCUGGUAUUCAAGUUCACCUUCUGGCAGUUCAGUUUCUGCAGAUGUAAGUUCACUACAAGAAAAAGAUUCUAAUGAAAUCAGUGUUUUUGGCAAGAAGGUGCCUCUUUCUGUUACUCCUGUUCACACAAAGGCUGACCAUUCCAAGUCUCCAACCUUGUGUUCUCCAGAGAGUGAAGAAGGUGAAGAUGGAGUAAUUGUCUCUGAAGGCAUAAUGGAGGAAUAUUUUGCAUUCGACUGCAGAGCUGUGGAGGAAGAAUUGCAAGAGAGGAAGAUAGGACUCUCCUCUGGCAGACAGAAGUUGGGAUUUCCUCCCAUCUCUCCAUAUUCCUGCAUGAAGGAUUCUGUGCUCACAUUUGUGUUUGAUGAUGUGUGGAGUGAAGUUCUAGGCUGCAUGGAAGAAUUAAUCUGCAGGCACUGGGAAGGGUCAAUCUUUGAUGAUGAGAAAAACAUCAUUCCAGUAGAAACAAUCAGAGCAGAUGCUGGAAGCCCUUUGCAGCUUGAACCUCUGCCAGCAUUGUUACCUCGUGUGCCACAAAAUAAAAUGCCCUCUGUGACAUCAGAUCUGUGUCCAAAAACCAGAUGCGGCAGCAAAAGCAAAAAGAGGAGAAAAACACCUCAAGUGACUCUCUCUCAAGGGUCAAGUAGUGGCUCUCAGCGUAAUCUGAAUGGCUUGAUGGUGAUACAUGGGAUCCAGUUACAGCAAAGGAAUCUGCCUGCAAUGGAGAAAACACUGGACCUGGAUGACAAACACCCAGGCUCCAGUACCAUCUCCUCUUCCAGAGCGAGGCCAAAUCCUCCUCUAGAGCUCAGCACAUCAUCCUUGUCACGAGCCACAAGAAGGAGAAACCCUCCCCCACGUACCCUGCAUCCCAUCAGCACCAGCCACUCUCGGACCGGGACCCCGGGGUCUGUGGAUGAUGCUUGCAGGGGAACUCGACUUCUGACUGCACAUGAGCAGCUGACCUCACCCUCCCCACUGCUGCUAAACCGAAAUACUCUCCUACCGCCUAUUGCUGCCACCAGCGUGGCAGAGCACGUGAGCACUGCAGGAUCCCAGAGGCAAAUGAGACCUCGAAGGAACUCCAGUCAAGCUCACAGUGUGACAACCCAAGAAGAUACCAACCAGCAGCUACAGGAGUGGCUUUUCUUACCUGGUCGUGUCUGCAAGCCUAACACAACCAACAUAUUCCUGCCAGAUCCACAGCAUCGCCGUUCUUGCACUGUUAUUGAUUAUAGGAGAGGAUCAACAGGUUCAGGUCUUCAGCUGCAUGGCUCUGUGAAAGCCCACAGUCGAAGUGGAUCAGUCACAAAAAACAAGCAGGGGUUCUGACAUGCCACAAGAAGUACCUCUACAUCUCCAGAGUCAUGAACCACCUCUCCUCAGCAGUGUCAACGCUGUUUACAGAGUUUUCAAACACCCUUUCUUAUGGAGAGUUAUUUUUAUAUAAAUCUAGGAAGCAGCUGCCAAAGAUUGGGAGGGGUAUAGUUUAACAUUCCAUUUUCUACCAGUAGAAAGAGUUAUAUUCCAGUAAACAAUGAAACUAACUCCUAGAAAAUCUAGCAAACUGGUCGUUGCUGUUUUCCUACUCUUGGAUUGUGAGUGGCUGAUGCUGCUACACAGGCAGGUACUGCAGAACCUGCCACCUUUUCCGUUAGCUCUACAAAAGAUGAAUCACACCUUCCAUAGCAGUAGUAUUUUACAUUUUUAAAACACAAAUAUGUUUAAAACAAUAUUAUGCUAUCAAAAGCAAGCAGUGAUCAUGAUACUGCUUCUACAACUCAGUCAAGUUAGGAAUCCUGUAGUAAUUGCAGCAGAUGUUUACACACUGGUGUAAAAAUACGGUCGGAAACCGGCAGAGACCUGACAGCUUUACGGGCAGCACCCACUGACUCACCCUGUGGUCUGCACCUACACCCCUUCCUCAGAGACCAACAAAGGUUUAAGAGGCUAAAAGGAGUUUCUUACUGCAAGAGUAUUUAAAGAAAGUAUGGCAAUUUCCCAGAAUAGGUCAGUCUCCCUUGCUGUUUUAUAAGAUUUCUGCACUCUGCCAUAUAGUCCCACAGCCCACAGAUGCAGCAUAGCUGUUAGUAGAUGUGUUCUGCUCUGAGUGAGAAUGUGCACUGGAGAUAAUCCCUGUAGUUGCCCUUGUGGCUGCAAGUCAGACAAAACCAUGAAAUACCAGCUUCUCAAAAUAAAUGAUUAGUUGAAGGUCUUGUUCCCCAAGCAGUAAA